CCCAUUCCUAUUGCAUUAGUAGCCACUAAUAUUUUGCACGGAUCAUUAGGAUCAUUAAAUCUUGCAGCUUGUGCUAAUUUUGUACCUGGUGGUAAACUACCAUAUAUUACAGCUACUUUAUGUCCCAUUUUUUCAAUAACAUUUGAUACUACAAAUAUAUCAUUUCUACUAAAACAAACUAUACAAUCUCCUGGUUGAAUAUUUUUUAGGGAACCGAGUGCCGACUCCUCUAUUUCAAGCGAGGUCAAUCGUUUGUAUUCUUUUAUUUCUACCGAUUCUCCUGUUGUUAAACAAAUGGACUGUACCUAUAUUACCAUAAAGACAUAAUAAUUUUGAAAAUUUCUAAUAUUUCUAAUAUUAUACAGUUAUAGGACAUACCAUAGGAACAGCAGCAAAUUCACCACAUAAAUGUAUUUCAUCUGCUGCUAGCCCAAGAAGAGCCCUUGUCCAUGCCCAUCCCCUACUUGGAUCACAUACUCAAUACAGUUCAGAGAAUUUUAAACACAACAGAAUAAGGUACCUUAGAAAUAACGGCACUAUAAAAUUAUUUCGUCGUUUUAAUUGUUCUGUUACAAGCUGGAAGAGAAUGAAAUUGUUGUAGAUCAAACAAGUCCAAAAUGUAAUGUAAAACUAUGUUCGAAUAACGAUGUUCCACCAUCGUCGGUAAUUCGCGCUUGCCUUGGUCCAUCCUUGGCACAGGUAUUUUUUGAUUAUACUCAUCAUGAUACGAUAAAGCUGUUGGAUGUACUAACACCAUUAAAAACAUCAAAAGCAUGUUUCUCAAUUCCAUCUGACCAUCGAUUACUCGAAAGGAAAUUCACACCGCCGACAGAUCAUCAAAUCGUAAAGGCAUUUGUGCAUCAGAAUAUAUUAGAAAUAGGCGAAGCUUCCUUAGAACGUGUGAGAAAGGAUAUCGAGGAGAGUCUAAGGGACAAAAUAGAGAGGCAAUCACGAGAGAAGUUUCAUCUGUAUCAAGCGAAAAAGAGGCGAGAAGCUGAGUUGCACGUGCAACAGUUGCACGAAAAAUACGGAGAUUAUAUUGAAACUGUCCAGCACGAGUUACAGAAACAGUUUGAAGCAGAAUGGUCUAAAGCAGCAGCAGAAUGUGCCAAAAACACUCAGAAAGCAGUUGUGCAAGAACGAAUAAAUGUGACCAACGAAAUGAUGCGCAAGAUGCGUGCGGAGAUGACUCAUGUUGUACAAUCGUUAUAUAAAGACCUUGAAGAAUUGUUUUGCGCCAAAAGGGACAACAUAAUCGCCGACUUUAAUCAGAUAAUGAGGGGGAAGCAUGUGAAAUUAAAGGAAGAAAUGCAGGAAUUUAAAGAGAAAGUGAACAGAGAUUUGUAUAUUCAGAGGCGUCAAUUUGAAAUGCAAAAUGCCGCAGAUUUGAUCUAUGCCCUUUGUCUUGAACGAUUACGAAAUAAUAGAGAAAAGCAUAUCAUGCAUAAAUACUUUCAGCAACAAAUCAACGAAUUUUAUGAAUUAAUGAUCCGCUUGAAAGAUGUGAUUAUUGCCAUGAGAAAAGAAAUUACCGAUUGUCAUAUAGAGAAGAAAUUAUUAAAUGAAGAAUUCUGCGAAGUUGUUAAACAGUUUCAGAAGUUUAUCGAUUUUGUAUUUCGUGCUAUGCCGAGGCAAGCAGAUUAUUUGUUACCGUUGGAAUUACAGCGGUUGAUCAGACCAGACAAAGAUAAAGAAACGAAUGGAGAAAUGAAGAAAAUAGUGGAAUAACACUUAUUGACAUGCACUGUCAUUGAAGUAUCGUCAAGUGCAAUAUGUCGUUAAUUGAAUAUGUAUCUCUUUUAAAAGUAAAAAAAAAAAAAAA